AAUAAAGUCAAGUUUUUUAAAGGGUAGAUGGCUCCUUCCUCACACCGAAUUCCAAGUUGAGAAAUUCAAGUGAAAUUGGUCGGUCCAUGUUGAAACUAUUGAUUAUUGAAUAGCUCUACCUGUAUUAAUCAUAAUAUUCUGAAACUUUUGUGUGUAUUUGGAUGAUGAAUUCCCCCGUCGUUCGAAUCGUUUCAGAAUGUUUUGUCAAGCCGUCGGGCCAAGCUCAAGAAUCAGAUCGAAUAUGCAAUUUAACACCUUGGGAUAUUGCUAUGCUGUCUUUGCACCACAUCCAGAAGGGUCUACUCUUCCAGAAGCCAAAAACACUUGUUGAUCAGCAUCAUUUCAUACAGAAUCUGUUGGAGAAACUCAAACACUCUCUUUCUCUAGCCCUCUUCCAUUUCUAUCCGUUGUCCGGUCGCCUUGUCACCCACAAAACCGAAGACCCUUCAUCUUAUACUAUUUUUGUUGAUUGCAGCAACAGCAGAGGAGCUAGAUUCAUCCAUGCAACUUUGGAUAUGACAAUAUCUGACAUCCUCCCCCCCGUUGAUGUCCCUCCUAUUGUGCACUCAUUCUUUGACCUCCACAAAGCAGUCAACCAUGAUGGUCAUACCAUGCCACUCUUGUCGAUUAAAGUUACUGAACUAGUGGACGGUGUUUUCAUAGGUUGUUCCAUGAACCACAAUAUCGCUGAUGGCACUUCUUAUUGGAAUUUCUUCAAUGCAUGGUCUGAGAUCUUUCAAGCUCAAGCUGAAGGGAAUGAACACGAUGUUCCGAUUUCAUGUCAUCCUAUUCAUAACCGGUGGUUUCCAGAUGGUUGCGGCCCAUUAAUCAACCUUCCCUUCAAACAUCACGACGAGUUUAUUAGCAGAUUUGAAGCACCCCAGCUGAGGGAGAGAAUCUUCCAUUUUUCAGCAGAGUCUAUUGCAAAACUGAAAGCAAGGGCGAAUUCAGAGUCCAAAACCACACAAAUCUCUUCGCUCCAAUCCUUAUCAGCUCAUGUUUGGAGAUGCGUAACACGGGCACGCCAGAUGGCACACGGUGAGAGAACAAGUUGCAAAUUGGCCAUAAAUAACCGGUCAAGAAUGGAACCGCCUCUGCCGGCCGAGUACUUUGGAAGUGCUGUUGGUGUGGUGAGCGCAGAGAGCACGGUAGGGGAAUUGCUGGAGAAUGAUCUAGGAUGGGCUGCACGGAAGGUGCUCGUGGCUGUUGACAACCAUAACGACAGAGUGGUGAGAGACAUGGUGAAAGAGUGGUUGCAGCAUCCAGUGAUUUACCAACUUGGUGUGAUCGUUGACUCCAGUUGCGUGAUGAUAUCAAGUUCUCCCAGGUUCAAUGUGUAUGGAAAUGAAUUCGGAAUGGGAAAAGCGGUGGCAGUUCUGAGUGGGUAUGCCAACAAAUUUGACGGAAACGUGAUCGCACAUCCAGGACGUGAAGGAGGAGGAAGCAUAGAUUUUGAACUCUCCCUUUCACCUCAUGUAAUGUGUGCACUGGAAUCAAAUCACGAGUUCAUGGAAGCUGUUUCCGUGCCCAAUAUUCUGCACUACCCAGUUCGUUGAUUUGCCAUUAAAAUAACAUGUAUUCCAUAUCAGAACCGUUACACUCUUCUGCUCUUCUUUAUUAAGCACAAACGAUGUUGUGUAAAAGAAAUAAUGUCCUUUUAUUUAGGAUUUCAUGUUUCAGGGAUCACCGUCUUCUCGCAAAGUCAU